UUGAUGUUAGUCGUUCCCUGUAAAGUCCAUUUGUACUUGAAACCUCUUGGAAGCCAAAAGUGGAGGAGAUUGAAGAUGAUAGUUCUGGUAGUGGUGUGAGUCAAUAAUGAAUCUGAUGCUCACAUCUUGCCCUGCCAACCUUGGUCCACUUUGAUUCACUCUCACAUUUCAAUUACCAUUCUUUAUUUUAUUUUUUUCACCCUUUUAUGGUAAUUAUCUCUUUAUUUAGAUUAAAAAAUAAUGAUCUUUAAUCUUAUAAUAUAAACCCACUUUUUCAAAACUUUCGUCUAGAUAAGGAUCAUAAAAUUUUGUUUUGUAUUUUGUGAAAAAUUUGAAACAAUUCUAUGCCUGUUUUCAUCUUUAUCUACACAAAUAAUGGGGGGUAAUUGAAAAGUGGGAAUAUUAUUGUCAUGUUACACUACUAUUACACUACAUAAAUAUAUGCAAAUGUUUUCAAACAACACAUAGACGACACGUUUGAGACUUACUGGUAAUGGCCAUUGUUGUCAGUUAAAGCUUCUGUUACUAAUCCGUCCAACACACAGAAUAAUAUAGCUUCAUGUUUAUAUACAUAUAUCUUGGAGGUGUUAAGAAAAGGUGAAAGAUAUUAACAAAGAAUCCUAAGCUUGACAUGGAUAUUACUAUUUUUUAUUUAACUGACAUAAGCACUGCCCCUCUAAUCUCCUGCCUGUAUUCUUAUAUAUGUAUAUAUAUUAUAUACACACACACACACAUAUCAUAAUUCAUAAACUUCCCGAAUACCCAUCUGCUCUGAGCAGUGUGGUAUAAACUGCUAUGACUAAUUUCCAAAGAGAAUAUGAAGAUGAAGAAGAGGCUACAACCCAGAUGCAGGCCAUUAAUGAUCAAGAAGCUGAACCAGAGGCAAAAAGUCAACAUGAAGAUGGUCAUGAUCACAACCUAGGUGAAUUAUUGAGUUUAGGCCUCAACAAUUAUUGCGGUGAUGAAGAUCAUGAUCAUCAUCAUCACCCUCUUGAUUACCACUUGGAUCAUCUCCAAGCAAAACCUGCAGGUAAUAAUAAUAAUAAUAAUAAUAAUUACAACAAAGUUUUCUCUUGCAACUUCUGCAUGAGAAAAUUUUACAGCUCGCAAGCUCUGGGCGGUCAUCAGAACGCUCACAAGCGAGAGAGAGGAGCGGCCAGGAGAUUCAAUUCUCAGAGGACAAUGAUGAUGAUGAUGGCGGCAACGACUACGGCAACUGCGUUUCCUUUUUCUCUCCCAGUUCGAUCACUCGGCGUCCAGCCUCACUCGCUGGUGCGCAAGCCCCGCCGAGGAGGAGCAGGUGGCGGAGGAGGAUCGUCAAUGGUGGCACGGUUUGGUGAUGUGAAUCCAGGGUUUGGGAUGAUUCCAUGGACGCCUGAGGAUGGAAUGGAUUUGAUUUGGCCAGGUAGCUUUCGGUUUCAAGAUUUGCCUAAUUUGUCAUCACCGUCAGAUGAUAGAACCACUGACUUGAAUCUUCGGCUUUGAUCUGAGUUUUGUAUGUCAAUCUGAGUUUUUUUCCUUUCUUUCUUUUUCAAGCCUAUACAUAUACAUAUAUAUAUAUAUAUGAUCUAUGUAAUACAUGGUUUUACGAAGCAAAUAAGGUUCAGAGAAA